UGGUAGCAACAACUUCCGAACAUCUGCCUGAGCAGGAAGAGGUUCAUGUACUCUCAGGAGGCUCAAUGUUCUCCCACCUCCCCCCAAAGAAACAAAGAUUUCAGAAACUCCGACUCCUCUCUGCCUUCUGGAGUCCAGACUGAAGUUAGAAGCGACUGAAGCAGCGAUUGCAUCAGGAAUGCUGGCAGUUGAUCGUUUUCCUCCACUCUGCGCAGACAGGGGGUGGGGUGCCCGGCUGAAACUGGGAGGAGAAAAGGGGGGGAUUUGGGAAUAUUCUUUGUCCUCAGCCAGCAGUACAGCUCACAACUGGAGACGGACGGAGGCUCCUCGCAGGAAAGAACAAAAAAAAAAAGCAAAACCUGGAUGGCUUAACAUCAUCGCAGGGGGGUUUCUUUUAAGGCAGAACACGAAGGAAGAGGUUUCGUUUCGGGAGACAACUUUGAUGAGACGGAGGACCUGAAAUCUGAAGGUUUGAGAGCUUCCCUGUCCCUCGAGCAAAAUGAGCUGGAGUUUCCUCACACGACUGCUGGAUGAGAUUUCCAAUCACUCCACUUUUGUGGGCAAAGUUUGGCUCACCCUCCUCAUUGUCUUUCGGAUUGUGCUGACGGCAGUCGGAGGGGAGUCGAUCUACUACGAUGAACAGAGUAAAUUUGUGUGCAACACGCAGCAACCCGGUUGUGAGAAUGUGUGCUACGACGCAUUCGCGCCGUUAUCACACAUUCGCUUCUGGGUGUUCCAGGUGAUUAUGAUCACCACUCCCACCAUCAUGUACCUCGGGUUUGCUAUGCACAAGAUCGCCCGCAUGGAGGAUGAUGAUUACAGGCCCAGGAGCAGGAAAAGGAUGCCGAUUGUGAGCCGCGGUGCCAACCGCGACUACGAAGAAGCGGAGGAUAAUGGGGAGGAAGAUCCCAUGAUCCUGGAAGAGAUUGAGCCAGAAAAAGAAAAGGAAGUCGUGGAAAAGCCCAGCAAAAAGCAUGACGGACGCCGUCGCAUCAAGAGAGAUGGCCUGAUGAAGGUUUAUGUAUUCCAGCUGCUAUCACGUGCCAUCUUCGAGGCCUCCUUCCUGUUUGGACAGUACAUCCUUUAUGGGCUGGAGGUGGCGCCGUCAUAUGUAUGCACACGGUCUCCUUGUCCGCACACGGUGGAUUGCUUCGUCUCACGUCCGACAGAGAAAACAAUCUUCCUGCUCAUCAUGUAUGCCGUCAGCGCCUUGUGUCUGCUGUUUACCGUGUUGGAGAUCCUCCACCUCGGCAUCAGCGGUAUUCGUGACUGCUUUUGCACACCGCGACCUCGGCCUCCCACCCCCCGCCACCCGGCUCUGGCCAGCCAGAGGUCAUCCAUCUCCCGCCAGCCCUCCGCACCUCCUCCAGGCUACCACACAGCUCUGAAGAAGGACCCAUCGGGCAAAAUGGGUUUCAGGGACAACCUGGGAGACUCGGGUCGCGAGUCAUUCGGAGACGAGGCGUCGUCGCGGGAGCUGGAGAGGCUGCGCAGGCACCUAAAACUGGCGCAGCAGCAUCUGGACAUGGCGUACCAGAACGAGGAGAGCAGCCCGUCACGCAGCAGCAGCCCGGAGUCCAACGGCACGGCGGUGGAGCAGAACAGACUAAACUUUGCCCAGGAGAAGCAGAGCAGCACCUGCGAGAAAGGUCUCCGUGCGUAGGUUCUCGUCGACUGAUCGGCUCACAGGAGGAGCAAUGAGAGGACAGAAGGGAACUGAACAGGGAGUGUGUAUGCGUGAGUGUUGACAUUAUGCUUGAGGUGGAUGAAGUCAGCCCAGGCCUUCCAGUGUUAUGGCCAGCUGUGGUCAAGCAUCAAGUCAAAGGAGUCUCAACUCAGCAAUUAUGAGACACCAGCCUGUUUGAAGAUCCAAAGUGCUAACAAACUGCCAUCGUGCAACAAGAACGGUUAAGGUUAACAUGUACUUCUCCCUCAGGGCAGCUAUUUGUUUUUUUUAUAUAUAUUUUUAUUAUGAGACUUAGAGCUAUUAGUCAUUUUAUGUUCUUUGUUGAAAGUUCAGUGAGAAAAUCUCAAGUUUGCCUUAGACUUAAACUGGAACUCCAUUUUAUGGCAUUUUGUUAAGGUAAGGCCAAGCCAGUUGUGCAAAAAAAAAGAAAGAAAAAAAAGUUUAAACUGUAAGAAUUUUGUGAGGAGUGAGUGUUUGUAGAUGCAAACGAAAGCUUCAUGGACAAGGCGCCACUCAGAAGAAGAAGAAGAUAGGUACUGGAGUUGUUGUCAUGCUGGUGGAGAAUUUGCGAGGUGUCAAUUUUCAAACAAAGGUUUCUUUCGAGUGUGUUACACUUCUUUUUUUUUUUUGUUUUUUUGUCAAUGUUGGCAAUGCACCAGUCAACAUUCCUGAGUCUGGUGCCUGGAUGGUAACUGGAACACACUUGGGGUGCCUUUGUCCAAAGGAACAAACAAACCUGGGUAAUGCUUGAAAAACAUGUAACUCUUGAUAUUGUCUUGUAUUGUUUUAAACAUUUGAUACUGUUCUUUAUUUUUGUAUUAGUUUUAAGUAAGUAUUGUGGUAUUGGCAACAGGCUUUUGUCACUGUGGCAAACACCUUUUUUUUUUUUUUCCUUUUAAUUCACUACUGUCUUCGCUUCCUGAACCAGAUUCUCAGUGAACUUGGUGUUUUCUUUAAAAGGUUUUAUACAGUCUGAGCUCAAACACAACAACAUUUCAAUAAUCACAUUCUUUUAUCAGUCUGUAGCUCUUUAUGUUAGAUACAAGUUGUGUCUUUUUUCAAAACGGACCCUGUUUUAAUUGUUUGUCGGUUAAAUAAGGGACAGUACUGUAUGUCAUAUUCUGUAUUUGAAAGUGCUGGUUUCUGGAUGUUAUCACUGUUCCAUAAUCUGAAUGACAGUUUUAAACAGAUGUAAUCAUUUCAAUGUGAAUUCAAUGCCUUGAAUGGGCUCUAAUAAGACGCCAUCUUUUGUAUUCUGACUCAUACCCACAGUGCCAACUCAAAUAUUGUCAUCUCAAGUUAUUUUUGACCAAUGCUUUUUGUACUUUUUAUACUUUUUUGUAUUGAUAGUACUUUGUGGUUAGUUUUUGAAAUAAAUUUUUACAACAAAUUCAGCUUUUCAA